GCGGCGGCCGCGAGAGGUGGUCUCCCUCACCGUUCCGACUGCGCGGCGCUACGCGGCGCUCGCCGCCUGGGCUGCUCGGGGAGGGGGUUGCGCGAGCUGGCGCGCGCGAGCCGGCAGCCACCCCGGGACAGCAUGCGCCCGCCGACCUGCUGGGCGCCGACGCGCGCCCGCCACGCGGACCCCGCUGUGCUGCUGCACGCCGUGCUGCCCGCCGUGCCACUCAUGCAACUACCGCUGCUCGAGCUCGCCGGCUGAGUGCCGAUGUGCUCGACGAGGUUCUUCGCUUCCAUGACGGCGCUGCGGUGAGCAUCGUCGCCGACAUCAUCAUCACCAUCAUCAUCAUCAUCUACCCCCCGCAGAGGCAAUGUCGGCUGACGCGGCCAGCUCGGUGGAGCCGAGGACGGCGCUGGCGCAGGUCAACGGCACCACCUCCACCACGACCAUGAGCCCCGAGCUGCGGGAGCAGCUGCGCGUCGAGUUCUUCCGCACCUACGACAUGAUGACCGGGGUGCGCAUCGCGGCCACGCUGGGCGGCUUCUUCGGCAUGAUGGUGCUGCUGGUGCUGUACAAGAGCCGCUGCCGGCCGCGCAAGACGGCCAUCAAGGAGGUGCGGCUGGCGGCGGCCAAGGCCGUGGUGGAGGAGGAGGACCAGCAGGAGGCCGUGGCCGCGGCCAUCUACAUGCAGACCGUGGUGACGGGCCGCGUGCCCCGCCGCAGCCUGGGCGCGCUGUCCGCGCCCGUGGGGCCGGCGGGGGCGUGGGGCCCCCCGGGGGCGGGCGCCGGCCUCAGCCCGCGCGGCUCCGUCGCGUACAGCAUCGGCGGCGGCGGGCCCCUCGGCGCGGGCCACGGCCCCCACGGCCUCGUCCCCCGCGCCGCCUUCCUCCGCGGCGGCCGCCCGGCCUCGCUCGACGAGGACGCCCUGGACCCCGUGCCCCUGCCCGUCCGCUUCUCCUCGCUCAGCGGCUGCAGCCUGCUCGACGCCAAGGUCGCCAUCUCCUCCGUCAGAAGGGCCUCCAUGCUGCCGAACCCGCCGACGCGCCACCUGCACCAGCGGCUGCACCUUCACCAGCAGCGCCACCAGCAGCACCGACGCGAGAGCAAGCUGCUGCAGGACCAGCGCCUGGACCUGCUGCGGCCGCGGCUGCAGGCUGCGCCGCCGCCGGGCCCGGGGUCGCCGUCGGCGUCCCUGGCGGGCUCCCUGGCGGCGCUGGGACCCCCUUGCCCGGCGGGGCCCGCCAUCCGGACCAGGGACGCCGCCAAGCCCAAGGGCGGCGGCAGGGCGAGGUCGGCCUCCCUGCACGCGGGCGCGGGCGGAGCCGCGGGGGGCCAGGGUCAGGGCCAGGGUCAAGGCCAGGCUCCCCCGGGGGGCCGCAGACACAGCCAGGCGCGCGCCGCCAGGAAGGCGUUGACCGGGGGCCCCGGCCAGGGGCUUUCUCCCUUCCACCCGCGGGGGGCCUUCGCGCUGCGGACGCCACUGGGGGUAAGUACCUGCAGCCGCGGGGGGCACCCCGUGCUGCGGACGGCGCUGGGCGUAAGUACCUGCGGCCGUGGGGGGCACCCCGUGCUGCGGACGCCACUGGGGGUGAUCGACUCCUCCCCCGAGCUGGCGGGCAGCCCUGCCGGCAGCAUGGCCAGCAUGGGCAGCCAGGCCUGCCCGCGCGGGGGGCCACCUCCACCGCCGCCCCCGCCGCCGGGGGCCGGGGCGCUGUCUGCUGACGCCAACGACUCCAACUCGUCGUCCUGCCUCGUGCUGCCCUACGGCGCGCCGUGCGAGUCCUUUGAGCUGGCCGAGAUCGCUUACGGCGAGGCAGCAGCACCUCUGGCGAGGAUCGCGACUCUCGAGACGGCCUCCAUCAGGGAUGGCGACGGCGUCCUGGACAGCGGCUCCGACUCGGUGUUCGGUGUGCCGCCCACGCAGCACGGCCAGGCCCCGGACACCGCGGACCAGGCCGACACCGGCGUCGACACGGGGCAGGACGCGGACACGGACCAGGACGCCGACGGACAGCUGUCCACGGACUCGAACGGGUCCGGGAGCUCCACGCCCCACCAGGUCGUGAGGCACAAGCCUCGCCUCUACGUGCUUCCCGUGGGCAUGGCCCCCGUUUCCGGGUGAGUGUAGGCUGUAGGCACAGCACAAAGAGCACACAGUCCGAAGACUGCACUCGACACCGUCUGGUCAAUACCCUCGCAGCCAGCGUCCACACGGAGAUGGAUCGGUUGCGAAUCGGCUGGACUGCUCGUGGUAAUGCAACCCCAAUCCAGCCACCUCGCCGGGGCUCAGGCGUCUCAAGGGAGCACCAACACCGAGCUGCGCGGGCAGGGCAAAGAGAGUAGAGAAGCUAUAGUAAAAUUUCCGAAAAAGUUCAAGUUUUUCGAAGGAAAAAAAAGCAAGCACUUUUUAGAACCUUUCGAAAACUACACAGGUGCAUGGACGAGGGAAGGUGUAAAUGGGCCAUCAUAGAAAACAGGGGGGUUUCUUACGUCAUCUCAUUGAUUUAUUUGCAAGUUCUCUUCAAACAAACAUUGGUUUUAAAACUUAAAAGCCAGAAUAGUACGCGUCCUCCUUUGGGUAGAGGUGACCAAAGCUGCGGUAGUAGCGGCUGGGGCUGUAGUAGAAGUUGCGCUUGGGGUAGUAUUCGGAGUCGAAGUAGUUGCCGAAGCGGGGGUAGUACUCGCUGGGGUAGUAGCGGCUGGAGACCGGCAGCGCAGACUCAGAGUAGAAGCGCUUGGAGAUGGGGAGCUCGCUGGAGUAAGAGCUGGCGAUAGGGGCCUUCUCGUAGAAGCGGCUGGCGGGGAACUCAGUGGAGUAAGAGCUGACGGUGGGGGCCUUCUCGUAGAAGCGGCUGGCAGGGAACUCAGUGGAGUAAGAGCUGACGAUGGGGGCCUUCUCGUAGUAGCGGCUGGCGGGA